AGAACUAAAGAUCCAAUCAGCCAGAGAGUCGGAUAGGGGGAAGAGGCACAUGCUCAUUCAGUUCACUCAUUCAGUUUCUCACACAUCCCUGUUCUACUCACUCUUGCUUACAGCUCUACAGGCAGAGGCAGCCUCUUAGGUAGAAACAGCUCUGGUGGGGAGGGAAAAUUCCUUUUGAUUUCCAAAGGAAACUCGAGUGCAAUCAAUCAGAGCCUUCAAGCGUUCCUUUGAAGAAACUUACAGGGAAAGUAUUGCAACAUGAAUGGACCGGUGGAUGGCUUGUGUGACCAUUCUCUGAGUGAAGAAGGUGCCUUCAUGUUCACUUCGGAAUCUGUAGGAGAAGGGCAUCCUGAUAAGAUCUGUGAUCAGAUCAGUGAUGCUGUGCUGGACGCCCAUCUCAGACAAGACCCAAAUGCCAAAGUUGCUUGUGAAACUGUCUGCAAAACCGGAAUGGUCCUACUCUGUGGGGAAAUCACUUCAGUUGCCAUGGUAGAUUAUCAGCGUGUAGUUCGAGAUGCCAUUAAACAUAUAGGCUAUGAUGAUUCAGCCAAAGGCUUUGACUUCAAGACCUGCAAUGUGCUGGUAGCACUGGAACAACAGUCUCCAGAUAUUGCCCAGUGUGUCCAUUUAGACAGAAAUGAAGAAGAUGUUGGUGCUGGGGAUCAGGGCUUGAUGUUUGGCUAUGCCACAGACGAGACAGAAGAAUGUAUGCCUCUCACCAUUAUACUUGCUCAUAAACUCAAUGCCCGGAUGGCAGAUCUGAGACGCACAGGAGUUCUCCCUUGGCUAAGACCUGACUCUAAAACUCAAGUCACUGUCCAGUACAUCCAGGACAAUGGAGCAGUCAUUCCAGUACGCAUUCACACCAUUGUGAUCUCUGUGCAGCAUAAUGAGGACAUCACAUUGGAGGACAUGCGCCAGGCUUUAAAGGACCAAGUGAUUCGAGCUGUGGUGCCUUCAAAAUAUUUGGAUGAAAAGACAAUUUACCACUUGCAGCCCAGUGGGCGUUUUGUCAUUGGGGGCCCACAGGGGGAUGCAGGCGUCACUGGUCGGAAGAUCAUUGUGGACACUUAUGGAGGCUGGGGGGCUCAUGGAGGAGGAGCCUUCUCUGGGAAAGACUAUACCAAAGUGGAUCGCUCUGCAGCCUAUGCAGCUCGUUGGGUGGCAAAAUCCCUAGUGAAAGCCAAAUUGUGUCGGAGAGUUCUUGUGCAAGUUUCUUAUGCAAUUGGUGUGGCUGAGCCUCUCUCAAUUUCCCUGUUCACCUAUGGGACCUCCAAAAAGACAGAGAAAGAGCUGUUAGAUGUGGUGAACAAGAAUUUUGAUCUUCGUCCUGGAGUCAUUGUCAGAGACCUUGAUUUGAAGAGGCCAAUUUAUCAGAAGACAGCAUGCUAUGGCCAUUUUGGAAGAAGCGAAUUUCCCUGGGAAGUUCCCAAAGUUCUCAAAUUUUAAUGCUGGCAGGAACCAAGCUCUGAAAGAAAAUAUGAUAAAAUUCCACAUUCCAAGAUGGCCUCGGUUUUCUACUCCCUGUGACCACUCUAUAUUCAGAUCAGAGAGCUACUCAACACUGGCAGACUAGUUGUUUCUAUAGGAAUUAGUUCUGUUUUAGGCCACUGCCCUGAGAUAUUAGCAAAGCCAGGCUUGUCUUUAGCACGUUGCCACCAUUAGAAGGUCUGGCAUCAUUCAUCCUUCCAGUGUUGCUGUUUGUAAGGCAAUAAUGAUUUGCCCUCAACUCUUGACUCUGACCCAGAACAAUAUAAUUUCAAGGAGAGGCGUAUAAUCCAAGCUUUAUAAUAUGCCAGUCACAGCUCUUAUUUCUUUAUCACCCAGGGUACAGUAGUGGUAGUGGGGUUUGGAAUUGGGGAAGUCUAGGGUCCAGGUUUAUUUCUUUUACAGUGGCAUCCUGGGUUCUCUGUAAAUCAUUCUCCCCUACUUGCUAUGUGCCAAUGCCAAGAUUUCCCAAAUGGGCCAACAUCCCAAAGAUUUGAUCUUCUAUUUGCAAGAUAAUACCCACACCAGAAAGUUCUUACCUGGGGGCUCCUGGACUUCCAAAGGGGUCCAUGAAUAGAUUUUAGGGGGGUGAAUUUAGCUGAGAAAACCCCUCAAGUCUUUAUUUUCAUGAACUUCUAACUGAAAUAUGCCAUUUUCUGUACUUAUUUAAAGAUACUCUUCUGAGAAGGGUCCCUAGACUUUACUAGAUACUGCUCAAUGGGCAGUUAAGAAUAUAUGAAUGAUACCAAAAAGUUCUCAUGUAGGGAAGAAGUGUGAUGCAAUGAAGAGACACUUGGAUUUGGAAUCAGUUGUCCUGGGUUCAAAUCUUGACUUUACCAUGGUAUCUAUUGAUACCAUGGUAUCAUGGGUGACUUCAAGCAAUUCUUAACUCCUCUGGGUCUCAGCUAUAGUACAAAAUGAGGGCAGUUGGCCCUCUUCAGUCCCAAAUCUAUGACCAAUGAGCCUUAGGGCCAUAUCUAAUCCAGUUCAGGGUCAUGCUUUUGAGGUUUCUGGGCCUUUACUCUUCAACCCUGUCUUGGUGCUCUGGGCUGGGUUUCUAUUAAGAAGCAGGCCUUAUAGAAAAAAGCAGAUUUGAAUGGUAUCCUAGCCCAGUGCCUUGCACAUAGUAGGAACUUAAUAAGUGUUUAUUGAAUUCAUUAGGAAGGGCUUAUCAGAAAUAUGUCUACUUCUGUAACUGAUUGAGAAUCAAUGAUCUUCACAAUUCAAUAUAUAAAAGGAGACAGGGCCAGGAAGAGAAGCUACAGAAGUAUUUAUUUCUGUCUCAGGAAUAUUUCACACAAAUCAGACCAUGUGCCAUCUAGUAAAGAUACCCCAAAGGUUUUUCUUGGGGGAAGAGUAGAGAAUAAGAACCAAUGAGAAGCUAUAAAAAUUAUAGACUAAAAAUAAAAUGAAAAAACACUGUUAAUCAAGAAAUCAAUCCAAUUGUGUGUGAUACAGGGGCCAGCUCUGGGGCCCAAUUUCCAUGUAACUGCUGCUGUUGUUAGGAAGAUGAAUCCUGAAAACUCAUUUUGAAGAGACUUUAGGUUCCCCGAAGAGGAGGUAGCAAUGAAGCAAGUUCUUUACUAGAAAAAUCACAUCUAUUAGGCACAUAAGGGUUUUUCAAGUAAAGGACUGCCAAGCCCCAAACUGUGAUUGUAUUUUCAUUUUCUUACAUGGUAUUUUUAAAGACACAUCGGAGAGAGACAAUAUUUUUUAAUUAAAUGCAUUUAUAGUUCAUUGCUUACCAUGAAACCAUUGCUAACAGGCAAGUCCAUUGUAAAGGUCAAGCUGAUUUUUGAAUGUAUAACACUAAGCUACAUAAAGUAGCAGAUGUAAUGUACCUCAGCUCCCACUUAUCCUGCUUUUUGUAGCUGAAAUCAAGGUGAAAAAUAACAGCCACAGAAGAGCAUUCUGAUUUGAGCCAAGGAUACCAUGAUGAGUCAGAUAGGUCUCUCAUCUCCAAACUUACUUCCCUCACACCCUGUUGCUCUUAUAGCUGUGAACUUGCUUUCCAUCAAUUAAUUAUUUGCCUAGAAAGCUAAAAAAUUCCAGCAUCCUUUUGUCAUUGGUCACCAAUAAUGUUCUACCUUUUGAAUUUCCCCUUGCAUUUGUCUAAUCACAGAUGUCUUCUCUUAAAAAAUUUUUUUUGGCCCCUGAGAAGUAUAUGGGACAAAACUUUUUUUUUCAGACCAAUAAUGUCUAAGCAUUUGCCAAAAAUACUAGUGUGAAGCAACUGCCGUAAGAUGAGCCAUCUGUUUGUGCUGAUCAUUAUUAGCAGGAGAUGCAGUUUUUCUUUACUUUACUGAAAGGAUUCUGACAGAUGAAAUUCUACAGGCAUAGAGGACCAUUGGUUGGUGGAAGAGUGUCUUUGUAUUUGUCCUAGGAUACCAACUGAGCUUUAUUUUUUCCUUAUCCCUGGAAGAAUUUUGUCUGAACAAAGAAGGAUAUGCUCAAUGUAUUUACAAACUCCUUGAAUAAAAGGUGAUGCAGAAAUCUAUACAAUAGUUUAAUAUUUUACCCAAAAUGUUACUGUGCUUCUAACAGAGUAUUAAACUUAGAGCCAGAUUUGGCCUUGUUCAGGCUCUACUGGUUAAGUGCCAACAGAGUAAGUGACCUAAUUUUUGUUGACUCUUCCUCUCCAGAAAUAUAAAGAGCAAGUUCAUUUGUGAGCCUAUUUGCAAUUCAUUGAUUUUCUACUUUCUUGCCCCCCCAAGAUUUUUUCAAAGGAAAACAUUUGUAUGAAGCCAACUUCUUUCCUUCUCAAUAUUCAGCUCCUACUUGUUCUGUAUAUAAUAAAUAAAAAUUCAAACAAUAUUA